CGUGUUAGAUGUCGGUUGAUAGACAAAGAACGCAUUGAAUAUUUGUCAUGUGCAAAAAAAUUUUGAUUCUCCUAUAUCACAGAUUACUAAAUUAUAAAAGUCCACUUCAUCCACGACUGUCUCAUUGUUCUGCCUUUAAAUUGGUUUAAGGAGACCGAGUGGCUAUGCUUGCCGUCCAUUGACGCUAAAACAGCUUUUUAUGAGGAUUACAUUAUCGUUCAUUUGCUCAAACUUGAUACCAUCAAUCAGUUUUAAGAAUAUACAAAUUGGAAGCUUCAGAGAUAAAUAUGUCAUGACAAACACCUCUUAUUCUACACCAGUUAUUGCAGUCUCAUUUGCAUAUUUACUAUUAACCUUUACACGCGUUCUUAUAAUGUUAAUGAUCGGUAAUCAUUCCUUUUUACCGCAUUUCACCAACGUCGUCUUUGCGAUACCAAUACCUGUCUGUGUCGGUGUCGAUGUCGAUGUCUGUGUCGAUGUCGGUGUCGGUGUUGGUGUCGGUGUCGGUGUUGGUGUCUGUGUCGGUGUCGGUGUCGAAGUCGAUGUCGGUGUCGAUGUCGAUGUCGUUUGUCGUAUUUGA